AUGUCCUCUGCGGUAGGUCUUUUCCUCAGCUUUGCUCAAGUUUAUGCGUCCAAAAAGUCACGUUCUUCAGCGACUGACAGAUUCGAACAGACUGAAGUGGUUAUGAGAACGCCCAAGACACCUACCAAGCUCUCAUUGCCGGGGCCAGAUCGCAAGCGCCAUCCCAGCACUGGUUUCAAAAGAGGUCGUCGCGCCAGACAUCUGAGAGGCGCUGUAUUCUGGGAGCUUACGGACCGUCGCCACUACCCUCCUUCGCCUCGCACAGGUCUCACGUACAUUGACCCAGUGCCCUUUCCUUAUGAACCCUCGCACAAGCGACCAGGCAAUGAAGAUGGUGAAGCUGGAGCCAUGAAUCUAGACGGCACAAACGAUGACGAGGACUCUACAUUCGAAGACGCCAGAGAAGAUGCCAGAGAACUUCGUCGCGAAAACGGCUACCCCGUCACCUCAUCACCCACCUUCAAGAAGAACGCCCGUAAGCUCAAAGAUCAAGAAAAGGAACCAGAGCUCUCCAAUCACCUUGAUGCCCUUGAGCUCGACUCCGACACGCGCAAACAAUAUCAUCUCAGCGCCAAACACAUCGACCGAAAGGAAAGGAUCAGAAACUCAAGGACUGUUCGCGGCUUCAAGUUCCCUCGGCCCCGUGUCGAUCGCAUACAGAAGAACAAGGACUUGAACAUGUACCAGCUAUCGAAGUGGGCUGGCCAGGAUGCAGAGAGAAAGAAAGUGGCUACCAAGCUCUUGCACGACAGAUGUGCGGACAGGACCGAAGGACUCCAUGAUCCAUUUGCAAGCUGCUAA